AAGUCGGAUACAACAAUAGAGGGGUGAAUAUGGAGAGCUAGCAGGAAUAGGAAUGAAUAAAACUCUGUCCGAGAAGACUGAGAAACAAAUCCGACACAAUCUAUGCAGACAAUAAGCAAACUAAUCAACCUUAGACAUAGCUCUGUGAAGGCUCUGGUUGCAUCUGGCUUAAAAGCACUGAGAAUUACAGCUUACAUCAUGCUGGCCAGUAAGCUCUUUACCUGACUGUUAGAUGCCUCCAGUAAACGCUUUAUUGUCAUGGGGAAACUGCAGAGUAAGCAGAAACGCAACAUAUCCCGAUACAGGAUUGAUGGCGAUGCAGGUCACUGUUCUGUCACUCAAGUGGUUCAGCAAUACAGUCCUGCACAUAAUGAUGCUGUGACAUCGUUAGCCUCUCUUACAUCUGAUAACUGCGUGUCUGGAGGAAAGGACAAGACAGUGGUCAUAUAUGACUGGAAAUCUGGUUGUGUGCAGCAGAAAUUCAUGGGCCAUGAAAGUGAUGUGACCAAGGCUCGAGAUGGUUUUCAUCUCUUCUUCCAGCUAUGGGACCUGAGACAGACAAAACAUAAGGUGUGUGAGUACAAGGGACACCUACAGACCACAGCAGCCUGUAUAUUUCUGCCAAAUGCAACUUCCUCAUUCCCCUUGGUUGCAACCUCAGGUCAUGACUGCACUGUGAAGAUCUGGAAUCGUGACACUGCAGUUUGUGUGAGUUCCCUUUACCUGGAUGGUGCAGGACCCCUGACGUCAUUAGCUUCCAGUGAUGCUGCGAAUUUGCUGUGUGGCAGUUUUAAUACAGGAAUUCACCAACUCCGAGUGAACCUUUCAAACAGCUGCAGCCUGUCAGAGGUGGCAAGAUUCUGAGCAGGUAGAAUAAGUCAGAGAUGUGACAAUGUAGCAUUACAGCUGGGAUCGUACAUAGCAGGUCCUUAGCUGAUCAGCUGUCAGUGGGUAAAAAAAGCAGUGAACUCUGGUUUUAGUCGUUUUCUACACUGCAUCUUGUCUAUAUGUUAUGUGGAUCUCAGGAAUGAGGAUUAGAAUGGUUUGGUUCAGAUUUAUUUAUUAUACUGAAGUAUAUCAGGAUUCGUUUAUUCCAGGUUUUGAAAGUGGUUGAGGCAGGAACCAUUGGAUCAUUGAAUGGAUAGAUUGAAGCAGAAGAUGACCAGAAGGUAAUGGCUGGGGAGCUGGGCAGGUUGGAUGAGCUAUAUUAUUUUUCUUUCUAUUUCACACUUGUAAGAUUCCGUGAAGUAGUGCUACUUUCAUACACUGCUAACCAUUAUUACCUUUUAAGAUGUCAUUAGUGUCAAAUGUCAUUUGUUGCAUAUGCUUACAGCAAAAGCAUAGCCCAUUUGAUUGGAAUUCCUACUCUGUAGUGUUUACUAAGGGAGGAGAACAUUUAACAACUUUAACCAUGUGUUCUGCCAAUCUAUUGGUGAAUUCAAUUUAGUCAUGAUGUGAGAAAAGCUAGGUAAAUAACAGAAAGAAUGUAGAUGUGUAAGGGGAAGUGAUGACAAUGUAACACAGCAGCAUUGUAACUAUGCAGCACUUCCUGCUGACAGCCUACCUCAGUCCACCCGCAUGUGUCCCAAGCUACGCCUGCCUCUUUGUAGGUUACGUGGAACAAUCCCUCUUCCGUACCUACACCGGCCCUAAACUCCACCUC